ACCUUGUGACGUAGAGCCGAGGCUCAGGCUGUUUAUUGUUCCUUCCUGAACACCGAUACAGAAAAAAACAGGCUAACAAGCUAAUAGCUUCUGUUUUCACACGGCUCCUGUUUGGGUUUACGAAGGUGUAACGGUUCAGACGACUGACUGCCACAACAAGGGGCCAUGGCGUAUGCGUAUCUCUUCAAAUACAUCAUCAUCGGGGAUACGGGUGUGGGAAAGUCAUGUCUAUUACUACAGUUCACAGACAAGAGGUUUCAGCCAGUUCACGACCUCACUAUCGGUGUGGAGUUUGGAGCAAGGAUGAUCACUAUAGAUGGCAAACAGAUCAAAUUGCAGAUCUGGGAUACGGCUGGUCAGGAGUCGUUCCGGUCCAUCACCAGGUCUUACUACAGAGGAGCAGCAGGAGCACUGCUAGUCUAUGACAUCACAAGAAGGGACACCUUCAACCACUUGACGACCUGGUUAGAGGACGCCCGCCAACAUUCCAACUCCAAUAUGGUCAUCAUGCUCAUUGGCAACAAGAGUGACCUUGAGUCGAGGAGAGAGGUGAAAAAAGAAGAAGGUGAAGCUUUUGCCAGAGAACAUGGGCUCGUAUUUAUGGAGACCUCAGCCAAGACUGCCUCUAAUGUAGAGGAGGCUUUCAUCAACACAGCCAAGGAGAUCUAUGAGAAGAUCCAGGAGGGCGUGUUUGAUAUCAACAAUGAGGCUAAUGGUAUUAAAAUUGGACCCCAGCAUCCCACCACCAACUCCCCAAUCUCCAGUAACCAGGGAGGCCAACAUGCUGGAGGAGGCUGCUGCUGAAGCCCCACCUCACACCGCCUCCUCCAGCCCAAGCCCUUCCUCCUCCUCCUCUUCCUCCUCGCCUUCUCCAACCCUCCGUCGCGUUUCUACAGAACUGUCCAGGCCCACUAACAGUUUAACGUCUCUCUCUACCACUUCAUCCAUCCAUCCUGAGUGUCUUAAGCAUCCCUGUGUGAGGAUGGAGUCAGCUUCACCUGCAGAUUUACACAUUUUGUUCAGAAGUAUUUACCUUUAUUUUGGUUGGAAAAAAAGAUUUUAAGCAUUUGAGUGAAAACAACCAAACAUAACGCAUUAGUAGAAGUUUUUUUUUUUUUCCUCAGCUAAUUAAUUGAUAAAUUUCCUCUAGAUUCAAAUGGACGUUGGUGUAUUGCAGGAACUGAAACCCACAAAGAGCUGCGAUUGGCUGCAGUGGGCCGACUUGAUUAAAAACUCCCAACGGCUGACUUUACAGAAUAAACCAGGCACCAUGUUGUGUCUAUACACACAUCCUUACGCAUUUUUAAAGACCACGUUGAUAGCAGGACAUGUUUUUACAUGCUGAGUCAGAUUUCAUGCUGUUCCUGUGUAUGUAGGGACAGCACAAAUAUUUCAGGAUGUCUGUUUGGGAUGUGUGGGAGGCAUUCAAGUUACUCUGUAUUAUUUGUAUAAAAAAAGAAAAAAAAAAGAUGCAAUUCAUGUCAUUUUGUUUUUUGACCAUGCUUUCUUCCCCCCGAUUAUCUUUGUCAUGUUACUUUGCGAUCUUUGUGUCCUUUUUGUCAGCUCACACGUGUUUUUUUUUGUAUUUCAUAAACACUACAAAAAAAAAAACUUGUUGGAGAAAGUGUUUUAAACCGCCUGGGUAGAGAAUAAAAGACCAAACUGUUGAGUGUGAACAUGGAUCCUUUUAGAGCAACAGAAGAGUUGAGCAGGAAAGCUGAAAUCGUUAGAGCUUGUCGAGUGGUGGCUGUCUUCAUGAAGAAAAAGAAAAUGAACGGAUAAGAAAUUAGGACUUUUUUUUAUGUAUUUAUCAGGCAUUUCUGUGUAUAUAUGGCUCUAGGUUUCUGUAGCUGUGUUGGCUGUCGAAGAUGAAGCGUGGCAUGCUGUUGUGGUCUAGUUGAGUCUUAGAAAGACGCUGCUCACGGCCUUCGAGCAGCUUUUUAGCAUAACUUUCAUUCAAACCCAGAGGAGCUCCGCCACCCUGGUUUGUUGGGGUUGGAGGUGGCCUUUCUUUGAAGUGACAAAUCUGAAUAUCAGGCUGUUGGCAGGACCAAGCAGGGGUAUUGACUGUCUCUGCUGGGGGGGGGGGGCUUUGACUCGGUUUGAUAAUGUCUGAGCAUCUCCCUUUUUAAACGAGCUAAGAUGUCCAUCCCGAAUUAGCUGCCACAUAUAUAAUGUGUACUUAAUAGAGCUUGAUCGAUGAGUGCCGCAGUGUUUUGUUUUUCUGCUUUAAAAUCUAAAUUGUAACCAGGCCUGUUUUUAUUAUGCUUAGUGGCUGCUCAUUAUCCACUCACCCCUUCUGCAUCAUCGCACUUUUUCUUUUCCCCAGACUGUGCAGUAACAAUAGCUCUACCUACUCUUAUGCCAAAAUAUUGUUUACUUGUGUUUUUACUCAAUAUUUCCCCCUUAUAGUCUGAACUACAAUCAGCUGUCUGCCUUAACUUCAGCUCCCCAACCCCGCCUCCCCUGAGAGACCUGGACAGCUGCAUAAAUGAGCGACCCUUUACCUGCAGAUAGGCAUUUCAGCACUAACGCGUUAGCCGGCGCUGCGUUUACCCAUGCAUAGACGCACACCUUGGGAGAUAAAUCGAGGAAGAGGUCUUGUUUCAAUUUUUGUUUCUGAAUUGGGGCAUUUAAAACAAAUCCCUACAGCAUUGUUUUUUUCUUUCCUAUCCCCUCCAAACGCACGCACACACGUACACAGCCUGCAUACAGUAUAUGUAUGCAUGCGAAGAUGAAGAAUACAUAUUUUCCUGUCUAACCAUGCUGGGUUUUUUCUUUUUUUUUGUUCUCUUCAGGCUAACUGUGUAACUUUUAGGUUUGACAUCAGUGAUCUGUUUUCCUUGGCAGUGUGUUCUUCUCUAAUAUUAGUUUAUUUUUUAAAUUCCUUAAUAAAUAUAUAUCAAAUGGUUAUUGAUCGUAUUCUGAUGCUGAUUAUUCUUUGUACACCAACAUGUAGUGUGCGCGCGUGAGUGUACGUGUGAACCCACAGGGGUUACAGGGGGAGGAUCAAGCCAAACCUGAUGUAUCUAUCUACCCACCUACUUAUCUAUCUAUGGAUUGAUCUAUCUUAUGUAUGUGGUCCUCCUCUCUCUUCUUUCUCUCGCUCUUACCUCCUCUUUCUGCCUCUUCUCCUUCCCCUCAACGUUAUUUGCUGUGUUUGUUCUUUGGAAAAAAUAAAACCUUAAAAAAA